AUGUCCCGCUCAGGGACCAACCCCAACCAAGCUAGUCAGGCCAGCAGUGCCCAUUCGCCACCAGCCGGUGGACGACCGACUACUGGGUCGGGUUCAGGUGGCAACAAUCGCGCGGCAACCCCUGAACCAGUCACCAACUACGCCCAAGCUGCAAGCUACUCGCCCGCUCAACAACGGGACAAAGUUCCUUCCCAGCAAACGGCUGUUCGCUCUCAGGCAACGAAGGACGACCCUGACUCUAUUCGUGACUGGACCGACAUGCUCAUAGCAGGCUACGGAGGAGUUUUGCCCAUCGCCGACUUCUUUGAGGAAUGCAUGGGCUACUCGGCGACAGCUACUCUUCCAACCCAGAUCAGCAGAAUAUUCGACCAAUCAACGGAAGUAAUUGCCACUACGAAGGAGAAGCUGAGGAGCAUACCGAGUCUUAAGCGCAAUCGUGGUGGUCGUAGAGAUGAAAACGAUAUGCUGCCGUCCUUGAUAAAACUCUUCGAAGCAUUUGUCCAGAACUUUCCUCCUAGUAAACGGCCAAAAUUCUUCGACCUCCAUAAUCGAUUCAUUCGUCCCCAUUUGCCCGGCGAACAUGGCAGUCGCCCAGACGUAGGCAUUAUGGACCCGAAUUGUUCUCUCGAGCCGGAAGAAUGGGUCUGGAACUUGAUUAAGGCCAUCGUCGAGUUCAAACUCCAACUUGACUUUAUCGACGAAAACGGGCAACUGAAGACCGAUGGCCAAUCCAUGGAUGCCGCUACACAGUUGGCCAAGAGUGCACGAAGCUUGCUUAUGACUUCCGGCAGCACUCAUGUUUUCGUCGCGAGUGUCUUCCAGCACAAGUUUGCGCGCAUUUUCCGUUUCGACCACGGUGGCUUCAAGGCAUCAGAGAAGUUUGACUGGGUUGCAAAUCCUCGUCCAUUCAUCGAGCUUCUCCUUCGUCUCUUCCGACCAAACAGUGGCUUAUCCGGCCCCCUCUCCAAUCGCAUUGACGGCGAUGAUGACACUGCCCGGCCUGCAACGAAGAGAGAUCUAGGAGAACUGUGGAAGGCGCUCCAGGGCCAUACAUUCUACAAGGACCUCCUUGAUGAACCCACCUUCGAGAAGUAUUGUCGUAAAUACAUUGCCGCUCGCCGAAAACCCAACGAUCCUGACGCGCCAACCGAGUUGGUCACCUGUCUUCAAAUCGGUCCACCGCUUUCUGUCUCAGACGGUCUCUUCAGCCGUGCCACCCACGUUUAUCGAGUUGCUAUUCUCGAGGACCUUCCAGAACUUACGAUUUAUGCGUUAAAAGACGCGUGGAAGCAGGGCUGCCGUCGCGACGAGAUUGAUUUUUAUGACCUCAUUGAAGACUAUAUUCGACAGUUGAAUGAGGAGGAAAAAUUCGAGGAGGACGACGACAGAACGAAGAAAAUGAAGGCUGCAGGGAUGGCUAAGUGUCAUGGGAUGCUCAAUUUGUCCCAAAGCUUCAAGGGCCCCCAGCCUCCGUGGGUCUGGAAACCCGAACUUCACAAAACUUGCACUCAGCCCCUUCAAAGUCGUGGCGAAGAAGAAGAGGCUUUGGAUAUCAGUCUUUACGAGCGCUACCACACUCGGGCCCUCCUUACCCCUGUUGGUCGUCCGCUCAAUAAGUUUCCGUCCACAAAGGCGCUAUGCACGGCCAUUCAGACAGCCGGUAUGCACCACCAGGUUGCGUAUAAUGCCGGUGUUUUACAUCGCGACAUUAGUGAAGGCAACAUUCUAUUCGACGAGACGACUAUGGACGAUCCACUUCCACGGGCCUUUUUGGUUGACUGGGACUACGCGGAGUUUGUCAAUGAAGGCAUCGCUCUGUUUGAAGCCAAGUUCCCGGACCGGAUGCCGAUUAACAAGACGGCACUGAAGGAGAGUCUUAAGCGGUUCACGGGUACCCUCCCUUUCAUGGCACUCGAUAUUUUGCGUAACGCUGGAAAUCCCGGAUUCGGUCACAAGCACUAUCAUGACCUUGAAUCCCUCUUUUGGGUACAGAUGUGGAUGCUGUUCCGGUAUACCGAGCACUGCCCACCUGACACAUACAAGGCGCAUGGCGGUCCCUCAAGCUACUUUUUUGGCUCAGGGGAUGGCCUCCGCAAGCGAUCCCUCCUAUAUGAGACUGUUCCACUCGACGGAACUGGCACAGAGAAUGAGGUUCCUAAUAAUUUGCCGUUGAAGAGCGGCAACGCCUUGUACGAUUUGUGCGAAGCUCUGCGAGAGGAAAUCAUCAAGCAAAACCCCAUAUUGCUGCCCAAGCCAGUGCCUCAUACGGGACGCAAAGCGAGAUCAGUCGCCCCCCCUUUGACCGCAGAGCGCACGUUUCUGUCUCAUCCGUUGAUCGAAGAUAUUUUUGAUGAAUACUUCCAACCAGACAAAAUCUGGCCAGCCAACGAUCGCGCACUCAAGUUCUUCAAAGAAACCGUUAAAUCAGGCGGUGCUGGAGCAGCGGCGGAUCGUAGAACGGCGGGUUCUGCGGCCGACAGGCUCACAAGCCUGGGCAGCGCAAGCGCUGGUCUAACGCAUUCGCACAAUUUGCGAUCACGGGAUGAGCCUUCGAAGGACAUGGGUCGAGUUCUUCGGAGUGGUAGUAAGAACAAGUAA